AUGACACAGAUCCAGCAGCUAAUUAACAACAAGCUGCAAUCUUUCAUCACCUGGCAAAAUGACAUCCACUGCAAGGUGAAAAGAGUAGCCCAUGCCAAAGCGAAGGCAGCCGUCCAAACACAGGUUAGGAAACUGAAGAACCAAUGGUGGACAAAGAAGGCUCUGGAGAUCGAGCAGCUUGCUGACUCUGGGGACACAAGAGGCUUCUUUGAUGCCACAAGAGCGGUGUAUGGUCCCAGCCACCGCUGCCUAACCCCCCUUCGCUCUAAGGAUGGCCUGUUGCUGCUGAAAGACAAGGAGGCAAUUGCAAACAGGUGGAAAGAACACUACCAGGACCUCUUAAACAGUGACACUAUACCUGAGAUGGAGGCUCUUGACCAACUACCACAACAGCCCACAGCUGAAAGCAUGGGAGAGCCACACAGCCGGAACGAGCUGCAGGAUGCCAUUGCGAAGAUGAGGAGCAACAAGGCUGCUGGGCCCGAUGGAAUUCCAGCAGAGGUCUUGAAGAAAGGCGGACCCGACCUUCUCAAGCACACCCAUGCCCUGCUUCAUAAGAAAUGGGAAGAAGAGGAAAUCCCUGUGCAGCUCAGAGAUGCCUUAAUCGUCUCCAUAUUCAAGAAAGGCGACAAGGCAGACUGCGGGAAUUACCGUGGCAUUUCUCUCCUUCACCAGAGGGAAAGCCCUCGCUCGGGUUCUGGCCAACAGACUCACCCCCCUGUCAGAAAACCAAAAUCCUCCACCAACCACUACCAAACUGCAGUUUGCCUGUCCGCCCCCCAAACAUCUCUAUUGAUAACAUCCGACUGGUGGGAGUCGGAGUAUAUGUUCACGGAGGUAGCUGGAAAACCUGUGUGUCUUCUGUGUGGAGAAAGUGUGGCGGUACUGAAAGAGUAUAAUCUGAGACGAGAUUAUGAAACGAAACACGCGGACAAAAACAAGAAUAUGGACAUGGAACAAAGGCUACAAAAGGCAGAGGAAUUAAAACGAGGCCUCAAAUCUCUACAGGCUCUGUUCAAAAAAGCCAAAUCACAAGGCCAGGCUGCUGUCAACGCCAGUUUUAUUUUGGCAGAAGAGAUCGCUAAAUCAGCCCGGCCAUUUACGGAGGGGGAUUUCAUCAAAAACUGCAUUAUUAAAGUUUGUGACGAACUUUGCCCAGAAAAAAGGCAACUCUUUUUAAAUGUGAGUCUGAGCAGAAACACCAUUGCCGAGAGAGUAGACCAGUUGUCCAUCAAUCUAAAAGAGCAGCUUGUGAAAAAGGGAAAAGAUUUCAUUGCAUAUUCCUUGGCCGUGGAUGAGAGCACCGACAUUUCUGACAUUGCCCAGUUGUCAAUUUUCAUCCGCGGAGUGGACUCCAGCCUAAGCGUGACAGAGGAGUUUUUGGCUUUACGUCCUAUGCAUGGCACAACUACGGGGCAUGAUUUGUAUGAAGAGGUGUCAAGAUGUGUAAAUGAGAUGGAGCUGCCUUGGGAAAAACUCGUGGGUUUGACAACCGACGGAGCACCUGCGAUGUGUGGACACAGGAGCGGACUGGUGGCGAAGAUACGGGAAAAGAUGCAAGAGGAAAACGCGACAGGUGAGCUGACAGCUUAUCAUUGUAUCAUACACCAGGAAGCGUUGUGCGGUAAAGCCUUGAAAAUGGAGCAUGUAAUGAGCAUCAUCACGCGCACAGUUAACUUUAUCAGAGCCAAAGGUUUGAAUCACCGCCAGUUCAAGGCAUUUCUGACGGAGUUAGAAACGGAGCAUGGUGAUUUGCCUUAUCACACAGAGGUGCAAUGGCUAAGCCAGGGAAAGGUGCUUCAAAGAUGUUUCGAGCUUCGUGAGGAGAUUUGUCUGUUCUUGGACAGCAAAGGGAAAGACACAACACAACUCCGAGACGAAAUGUUUCUGUGUGAAAUGGCUUUUCUGUGUGACAUUACGAGUCAUCUGAAUGCAAUGAACUUGCAGCUGCAGGGUCGGGAUCGUGUCAUCUCUGAUAUGUACAGUACAGUGAAGGCAUUUAAAACCAAACUGACUCUGUGGGAGACGCAGAUGCGGAAAGAAAAUUUGAGCCACUUUCCCAGCUGCCAGACCAUGAAAGAGAAGCUCUCUACCAGUGCGUUCCCGAGCGCACAGUUGGCUGAUAAAAUAGGUAUGCUUGCCGCUGACUUUCGACGCCGAUUUGCUGACUUUGAAGCACAAAAAAGCAGGUUGGAACUGCUCGGUAACCCAUUUGCUGUUGACGUGGAAAGCUCACCACCAAACCUCCAAAUGGAGUUGAUUGACCUCCAAUGCAAUGAUGCACUGAGGGCAAAAUAUGCGGCAGUGGGUGCUGCGGAGUUCGCCCGUUUCCUCCCCGACACAAUGCCCCAGCUGCGCAUCCAGGCUGCUCAAACGUUGUCUAUGUUUGGCAGCACAUACCUGUGUGAACAACUGUUUUCUUUGAUGAACCUGAACAAAACAUCACACAGAAGUCGACUUACUGCUGAACACCUCCACUCAAUUCUGAGGAUUUCCUCAGCUCAGAGCCUUACCCCGAACAUUGAUGAACUUGUGGAAAAGAUGGGACACCACCAAGUAUCACCCUCAACCUCAAACAAGUGAACAUUACUGUGCAAUCACAUAUUUAGAGUUUUUACUCAGUUCAAGUUUAAAAGUUAAAGUUUAAUAUUUGUUUUCACUGCAUGUUACUUCUCCUUAAACAAAGUGUUGUUUUUGAUUAAUAGAUUUUUGCACUUUAUUUUAUUGUAUUUCAAUCCAAUUAUAUUUUAAAAAUAUUUCAGUUGAGUGGAUGAUAGAAAAUUGCUAUUAUUGUUUUUUUCUUUGAAGUAAAUUUAGCCCACUUUUGCUAAAAUAGAAAAUAUAGGCUACUGAUGGUGCCUUGAAUACCGGUUUCUUUCAUUUAUUGUUCAUGUUAUGGGGAUUUUUAUAUAAAGGAAAUUUGUCUUUUGUGUCUGUUGAAAAUUAAAGAUUACUGACAGAGCCAUAAGAAAAUAUUGCUUUAUUUAUCUGAUCAUAUUGGAAUAUAUUUGUUAGGUUUUCAGUAGGUUCAAUUAGGUUCACUAGACUAUAUGCGUCAUUUAAAAAUUUUUCAAUGAACAUUCGAACAGUCCGGCCCUCGGCUUGUAGCUAAAUUUUUUAUUUGGCCCUCCGUCCAUUUGACUUUGACACCCCUGUGCUAAAGGCUGACAAUGCGUCACUUCGGACUGAAGUAAACCACCUCAAACAUUUGACAGCCGAACUACAAAGAGACAAAGUCAACAUGGCAAACUCCAUUCUUGAUCUGUAGUGGCUUAGUAUGAGGGAUAACAUCAUUAUACACGGACUUACAGAAACAAAAGAUGAAACUUACCGGAGAUCAGAAGAAUUUGUCAAAACAUUUCUUGUCAACGAAUUGAAAAUGAAGCCUGAGGACGUCGGAGCUGUUCGCUUCUACAGAGUACAUCGCCUCGGGAGGACCAGAACCGACCAACAGAGGAGGCCCCGUCCCAUUGUGGCUAAAGUUGUUGACUCAAAGAUGAAGUCUGCCGUCAUGUCGAGGGGCAGAGAGCUAAAAGGCUCUAACUACUCCAUCAGCGAUCAGUUCCCUCCGGAGAUCAUGAAUAGACGGAGGCUGCUUCACCCGAUCAUGGCCGAGGCAAGGAAAGCCAAAAAGUUCAUUGACAAACUUUACAUCAACGGCAAACUGUACAGGAACCCCCGAACAACUUAUUGUCUGAGUGGAAAAGAUGGAGACAUUAAUUCUGAACUCCAAGAAGAACUGUCUGCCAACUUGCAACAUGCCGCUUCCCCGCAAGUGUAAACACAGGCGCGUGAUGAUGAUGUCAUAAAAAACAGCGUCCUUGUCGUCAUGACAACCAUUGAACCUGGAGACGGUGAAUGGCUUAUUUCUCUCUUUCUCUCCGCAUCUCACCACUCGCCCCCUCUUUUUCUCUUUUCCUCUCUCUUACAUUUAUUUUCUCAUUUUUGGCUUGGGAUCUGGCCUGAAUACUACUGACUGGGUAGGACUAGGCAAUUGUCUGCUCUGUGACAAUACAGCGGGUAAUGUCUACAGAGUGUUCUUGUGUGUUUGAGUGUUUGGGUGUGUGUGUGUGUGUGUGUGUACGUCUGUCAGGCCAGCUUUGGUAUGGGUGAGUGUAUGUAUAUGUCCAUGGUCUUAAGUGUGUGUCUGUGUUGCUGGAUCUCAGUAAAUCUCACUCGUUACCCUGUGCUUGGCCUUUAAUGAAAUGGACAGUGAAGGAGACAAGGUGAUAAAUUGCAUUGACUAUCAUAGAAAUAUGAUGACAUUCUUGUAAAUAAAUUACAACA